AUGGCCAGGAACGGCGGAGGGCUCCGAGGGGCCCCGGUGGCGGCCCUGGCGGUCUGCGCGGCGUUGCUGUGCGCCGCCUCCGCCCAGCACGGGGACGCGCACCACGGGCACUCCCACGGAGGACACGGCUGCCACGGGCACACGCACGAGCACAUCUGGCACGGCCCGGGCCCCGGAGACCCCGCCCACGAGGGCCACAGCCACGCCCACUCCCACCAAGGACACGCCCACUCCCACGGGGACCGCGUGCAUGAGAGCCCCGCGGGGUCCCCCAAAGCCUCCGCCGGGCAGAGGGGGGCCCCGGCCAGGAGGGAGAAGCUGGAGCCCUUCCGCCUGUGGAGCUACGCCCUGGGGGCGACCCUCCUGAUCAGCGCCGCCCCCUACUUCAUCCUCUUCCUGAUCCCGGUGGAGUCCAAUAGCCCCCAGCACCAGGCCCUCCUCAAGCUCCUGCUCAGCUUCGCCUCGGGGGGCCUCCUGGGGGACGCCUUCCUGCACCUCAUCCCCCACGCCCUGGAAUCCCAUGCUCCCCACGGAGAAGAAGCCGGCAGCCACAGCCAUUCCCACACCAAGCCCUCCGGCCACGGCCACUCCCACCAAGGCCCCGAGCACCAGCACACGAUGGCCGUCGGCCUCUGGGUCCUGAGCGGCAUCGUGGCCUUCUUGGUGGUGGAGAAGUUUGUCAGGCACGUCAAAGGGGGACACGGACACAGCCACGGACACAGCCACGCCGCCAAGGCCAAGAGCAGCGAUGACGAAGGGGAGGAGGAGGAGGAGGCUGGCGGGGAAAACCUCCCUCGGACGAUGGCCAGGAACGGCGGAGGGCUCCGAGGGNCUCCCCCAGCCAUGCGUGUAGCCGGCUACCUCAACCUGGCCGCCGACUUCGCCCACAACUUCACGGACGGGCUGGCCCUGGGCGCCUCCUUCGUGGCGGGCAGCACCGUCGGCGCCAUCACCACCCUCACCGUGCUGCUCCACGAGGUGCCCCAUGAAGUGGGCGACUUCGCCAUCCUCGUCCAGUCCGGCUGCACGAAGCGGAAGGCCAUGAAGCUGCAGCUGGUGACGGCCCUGGGGGCGCUGGCGGGCACGGUCUGCUCCCUGCUGGCGGAGGGCGUGGGCGAGGCGGCCACCGCCUGGAUCCUGCCCUUCACGGCCGGCGGCUUCAUCUACGUGGCCACCGUCUCUGUGAUCCCGGAGCUCCUGCAGGAGGCGGGGCCGGUCCAGUCCUUGAUGGAGGUGCUGAGCCUGCUGGGCGGCGUAGUCAUGAUGGUCUUCAUCGCCCGAUACGAGUAGAGAGGUCGAGGCGGAGAUGCCGGCGUCCGGGGGGGGAGGGAGGCUGCUGGAAGGAGCCAGCCGUGCCCGCGGGGGGCGCCUCCUCCUCCUCCCCCAGGCUGCUCCAGAGGAUUCCACGGAAGGCCCAGCUGUCCCCGUCCUCCAGGGCAGCGACGGGAGCAGGAAACGGGUCUGGCCGUCCAGGGGACCAACUUGUCUGUCCCACGGGGCACCCUGGGAAUCGGUGCACCUGUACUGUACGUGUGUGUAUGUGUAUGUGUGUGUGGGAGGGGGUGACGAGUUGGACACUUCCUUGCAAUUCCAGGGGGAGGAUUUGCACAGCCCCCCCAAUCUUUCUUCCGGACGGUGCAGAUCGCAUUUCCUGCGUUUCCUCUCUCUUCCUCCCCUGCCUGGCCUGUUGCGGGAAGAGGGGCAGGGGGGCAGGGGGCAGAGGAGGAA